AGAAAUGUGGAUCUCCUUAUUUCUGAUUGGAAAAUUCGUGUACCUGUAAACAUUUCCGGUCAGGAGAUGGCUUCCCAUUGGAUAAUGCAACAUUUAGUGGGUUGUGCAUCUACACAGUUCCUCAUUAUAUUGAAUAAUUCACCGAUUCCGUGUGAGGUUUCUGUAGUUUUCCAAAAUCACUUUUAAAUUCUGAACUUUCAGUUCUCAACGUCGAAAUAUGUCGAGUGGAAAGACACCAUACCAAGGAGAUAGGCGUUGCUUUGGAGAAUACAGAUGUCCUGAGUGUAACCGUGGGUGGAUGAGCGCCAACAGCUGGGCUAACACUGGUCAGCAGUGUCAGAAUUGUAGUAUUGUGGUGUACCCGCAUACGCAGCGUCCACUGCAUAAACCUGACGGGCUAGACAAGGGAGAUGUCUCUAAACAACACCCUCAGCACUUGUGUGAGAAAUGCAAGAGACUGGGGCACUUUUGUGGAGAUCGUGACCGUUACCACUGAAGAACUGUUACCAGGGCUUACCGUUUGAUUAAUCAUAAUUUCUGGACGAGAUACAUGAACUGAUUUAUAAAUGACGACAAUGUAAUUUCUUUAGAAUUUUUAAAAGGCUUUACUUAUACGAUAAGCAGCUGAGAAAAUACAAGAUAGGUAAAAACAACAAAACCAGUAUCCGUAAGAGUGGCAAUUUCACUAAUAUUUUAAAAAAUGUUUAAAAGAACAGGGCAUUUCGCAGUAAACUUUUCAAGAAUACUGGUAACUACAUUGAAUUAUUAAUUUCAUAUUGUCAAUUUUUUUCCUAAAGAAGUUUUUCUGGGAGUUUCUUGGGAGUCUGUAACGUAUUUAUUUCGGUGGAAUAGUGGUCAAUCAUUGUUAGGACUGUGCUUCUUCGGGGCGUAGUGAUGAACAUAGCGAGGGAAAAAGUAAAAGCUACACAAAAAUAAAGUGAAAUAAGGCUUCUAACCCA